CAUCCAUUUCCAAAAAUCAGCAAGAGCAAGGUCUGAGUAAGAUAGUUGUUUUACAGCUACAGAUUUGUGCCAGCAUGGAGCAGAUCUUUGCAGAUCAGAAUCUUUCAAAAAAUUCAUGAACUUCUACGCCACAUUUCAAAGGCUGCAGAGAUAAGAACCCCAGAAGCAUUCCGGGAAGUCAUGUUGGGGAAAAAGCUGGUGGCAGCACAAAAACGAGGGGAGACGAGAGCCCUGUGCCUAGGCUUGGGAAUGAUGGCCUGCUCAGCAAUGAUGUAUCUCUUUAUUGGUAUCGUCCUGGUGCCCUUACACAAAAGAAGUGUCUGGGCUGAAGAAAGCGAAUGCAACCUGGUGAGAGCUAACAUCAAGGAAAAAGUCCAUUGCUCAUUCAAUGAAGGCUCUGGUGAUAAAGAUAUUUUUCGCUAUCCUUGUCUGGAAGUCUAUGUGAAUUUAACCCAUUUAGGGCAAGUGGUAAUGCUCUACCACACAGAGGAGACCGUGGACCGAAAUCCCAAGUGCUCCUAUAUUCCUCCUGAUAUGGAGAAUUAUAGAGAAGUUCAGCAGCAAGUAGAAAAGAUAAGAGACAAUUUCAGAAAGCAUCAGACAUUUCUUUGUCAUUAUGACCCAUCAAGAAAAGAAGAGAGCGUCCUUUUAAAGAGAUUAUAUCCCCCAGAAGGCCUUCUCAUUGCUUUUGCCUGGCCAAGUCUGCUGUUGAUUGGUGGAAUCUUGAUAAUCAUCAUGGUGAAACUGAGUCAGUAUCUCGCUGUAGUCUCUGCUACACAACACAGAACACGCAUAUAGUUUGCUCUAACUUAGGCCUGGACUUUGAAUUCACUUUUGUAUUUGAGGCAAAUUGGGAGUAACUUCUCAAGUUUACAUUACGGAUAAACAAAACUGUAACAAAGACAAGGAAAAUAUGGAUAAGGUUUGCUGAUGGGAGAUGUUCAAAUGAUAUUCGUUGAAUUUAUUACAUUUUUACAAAUUUAGAUAUAUUAUUUAAAUAUGAGAAAACCUUUUGUUAAUAUUUCUAGUUUAGGCAUUAGGUUAUCGUGAGAAAUUUGGGUGAGACACUUGAUUUAAUUUUCAUCAACAUGAUCACUGAAUGUGUACAUGUUCUUGGAUUAUUUUAUGGAUUUAUUAAAAACAGCAAUUAAUGCAGGGAUAUGUACAUGGGCUUAGGUCUGUUGUACUCUGUGAAGGCUAAAAAAAAAAAUGUAAAGUCCCAGAGUUAAGCUUGACUCCUGGUGACUUCAUGGACACAUCAGUGUAGCUUUUUAAGCAGCAAUAUAGAAAUGGUUUGCCAUUGCCUUCUUCUAGCAAUGAAGUCUAGAUUUCUGCAAUUAAUUUCGCAUGAAAACAAGCAGCUACAAAAGAUGUAUGAGGAGACAUAUGCACUAUCACAAGACAACCUUACACUGAGAGGUUCCUGUUAAAGCACAAUGACCAUCAUUGACUUGUAACCUAAUCCCGUUCUGCCACUGACAUGGGAGCCUAGAAGAGCCAUUUGCCUAAAUCUGUGAGAGACAGAGCUCCCCAUUUUUUUUGAAGUCAAAUAAUAGGGGGAGAAUUUGCUAGAGGCUUUUCUUCUUUGAAUUUUCCCAAGGAAAGAGCAGCUUGGUUCUGGGAUGAAGAAAGAAAGUAGGAACUUGAACCUAUUCCAGGAUUGUAAAAUGUAAAUUUUCCAGGACUCAGGAAACAGUCAAUCACACACAGACUUCUAAAUGAUGAGAAACCAGUUUUAAAAUUUAAACGUAUUUUAGAUGUCCUCAAAAACUUGCCUGAUUCCUUCCACAGCUAUUUUUUUCCUGAGGUUCAGCUCUGUUUUAGAUGACACUUUCUGGUGUUCUUUUGAUUAAUCUUACUCUUUGGAUUCAAUCCUUUUCUUCUAAGCCCAACACCCAUUCAUGUUUUCCCUGUCCUUUUUGACUUCUAAUAAAGUAUAUAUUAUUUUAAACA